AAAAAAAAAAAAAAAAACCUCAGCCUCACACAUCAAUGGCCUCAAUGGACGCUAUUAACCGCCCGACACCAACUCCAGACAACCAUGAUACGACUGUCGUAGUUGUCUUUGUGUCUCUAGGUUGCGUUAUGUUCUUGGCGUUUCUAGCGUUUGUCAUUUGUUUCAUGAUCAAGAAGAAAUGGAAGAAGAACACUGAGAAAAAUGAGAUAGUUCGUGUCGAUGAGCACUAUAAAAUGAAGGAAGCUAUAGUGGAGGGACCUCAUGGACCAGAGGCAGUGGUGCUAUCUGUUGAGGAUGAUGUUCAUAUGGAAGACGUGGUUAAAAAAGGAGAGAAAAAAGUGGGAAAAGACGGUGUAGUUGGAUCUUCCCGUUCGUAAAUACGACCAUUCACUCAUUAUAUUUCCAGUUUAUGUUUAUAAAUUAAUUUGUGUUUGUAUGAAUCAUUGAAUAUGUAUCAUUCGUUUGGGUAAAAUAAAAAGCAUCAAAAAAAAAAAUGCGUCUGAGAAAAAUGGUGUGUUAUCCAAUAUAAAUAACGUCUAAUAACAUAUGUCACAUCAAUAGCGGUUGUUUUGUAUUGCUC